CGCUCAAAAAGGACGAGUGUUGCGGUCAGUAUAACAGAAAUCUCCUCCUGGCCCUUUCCUGUCCCUGACCUAUUCUGCCUUCUCUUGCAAACCGUCCAUUUCUGUUUCCUUUCUACACAAUCCUGUCUGAAACUUGGACUAUACGUCGGGCGUUGCCGCCGCACAACUUCUGACUCCACGGCAGCCGUGAUCAUCAAUGAGUGGGGCCAAACAACCUCUUGCUCAUCGUCUCCCGGUAUCCGUUCUUGUCAAUGAAGAAGGAGUAAUGGCGCCAGAGGCCGUCGGUCCCAGCAAGUUUGCCAUGACGUGGCCUGCAGAGCCGAAUUCGCCUCCUGUACUUCCACCUCUUGUCCAAGCUACAGAGCGUCAAGCUACCUUCAGUUCAUCUGACGGGGAAUCUGAUUUUUCGGACAAAGAGUUUUUCCCGUCGGGAGAGAAGCAAUCGCAGGCCGAGUUUUCUGACGAAUUUGACGCUUCACUGAGCCAUCGCUUCCGACCUCAGCAACUCGCUCCACACCACGAUGAGAACCCUAGUAUACCACGGCUUUCUCGUGCAACCACCAUGCCUUUGCCAUCACAGCUAGAGCAUCUAAAAAAUCCCCGCAGGACCACAUCUACUACUCCCGAAAUACCUAGCCAACCCCUCCCCACAGAUCCCAACGCUGAACACUCUCCGUUCCAUGAGCUUUCAUUAGAGCUUGCAGACUCUGUCCAGAUGGUCGUUCAGACGCUGUUACAGGUCUCGCCCACACAACUCCUCGACCCUGCGAAGGAGCAAUUUGCUGCCUGCUCUCUCUCGGUCCCCACCGCUUGCAUGUCUGCUGUUUUCACGACCAUGAAGAACCUCAAUUAUCUUUCUGCCAAUAUGUCAGAUUUAUGUGCUGACAUGUCCCGCAUGCCUGCUCGUGCUUCUAGUAAUUCUACUGCGACAACCAGAUUGAUUUUGCCUGGACCACCUUUCACUGCCGCUACUGACUUCGAUAUUGGGGAGAUGCUGCAAGGAGUUGGAGACGCGUCGAGUGGGAGGGCUGCUGAAGUUGGUGUAGAUCUGGUUUUAUUUCAUAGCGACGUAGGGAUGAGGCAUGUCGCGGUCAAAGGGGUAGAAUGUGGAAUAUCUAAUGUGCUGACGCAUGCCGUCCGUCAAAUUAUCGAUACCGCACGCCGUGGUGACUCCAUUGACUUGGGUCUUAAUAUCGCUUCGUCAGGAUUUAUGUCACCUUCCACAGAGACGCCAAGUUCGACAGCCAGUGGUGUUUCUUCGCCCGUCCCCACAGAUGACGAUGGAUCCUUGCACUGCACAUUCGAAAUCCAUCACCGUUUUCACUCACCGGAUGUGCCAAUGGACGUCACGACGCCUACCAACUUGAACCCUUCCGGAAUUUCAGAGCGCCGAGAGCCGAACUUUGAUUCAAUGCUGUUCCGAAGGCUACUUCUUCGAUGCGGCGCGUCGCUUUCAUCCGAGGUUUCUGACGAUAUAGCGUCAAAAAGGACGUACGAAGUCAAAGUUCAACUUCAGCGCGGUUCGCCAGAUGCCAUUAAUGCCAAAUCAUCUGCAUUAUCCGAACAAUCGAACGCGCUUCUCAGUGGGGUCCGGCUAGGAACGGAGCCGUCUCUCGAAGAGCUUGCUCAAUUCGCCGAAACGUUGCGCGGAAAGAAAGUUACAUUGUAUGCAAGCACCACAAGCUCCUUUGCACACCACUUGACGAGCUAUCUCACCGCUUGGGGGUUGGAUGUCAGCCACAUAUCGUCAGAGGCUGAUUUGGAUAGCAAUCCAGGCGCCAAUGAAGUCCCAGCCCCUUCAGGCCGGGAGCCUCGAGCCCCAUCUACGAACGGCAAUAAUCGCUCAGCUCCAUCGUUGUCGUUUGUAAUGAUUGAUGAUGAUGUCUCCGUCCUCCGGGAGAGGUUGCGCAAGUAUAGAGCAGAGCAGCCAAUGCCUCUCAACAUUCACUCUCGGAAACGACCGUCCCUAGCUGCUCACCACCGCCCAAAGUCGUCACCACAGGUGGCCCGUACUCUAGGCAUUGGAUCACAGACUUCGUCGCUACCUUCCCCCAUAGUAGUCGUUCACUUCACCAGCCUAUCCAAUUACAAGUCAGUCAAGGAAAUCAUACAAUGUGAUCUCGCUUCCCACUCCUACGCAGUAUGUCCACCGGAAGUCAUGAUUAUUCCAAAGCCUGCGGGUCCACGCAGGUUCCUCACUGCGCUCCACACCGCUGUUACGAAGCCCAUCGUUGAUCCCUUCUUUGUCCCAAUUGCUACCUCGCCGCUGAGCCCUGGUUUGCACAGUUCUCCGUUCUUCAAUUUACCUCAGCCCAGCCCGAAAUCCCCUUCUUCUCGCCCACCGAAUUCAACGCGGUCCAACUCCGACCGGUCUAGCCGAUCCGCGAGGGACAAUGUAAGCGAGCACCAUCAACACCCGCCGUCACCCCUCGGUCUUGCGGAUCACAUGGAGUACUUCCCUGAAACUCAGAGCCCUGUAAGGCUCGGCCAGACCCCAUCCUCUGGCCUGGUUAUCUCAAGCCCCGACGGUCAGCCGGCAGGCAUCAUCUUCCAACCGCGUGCCAAAUCAACGAAGCCUGUCGCACCGUCACCCAUUGCAGUAGACCGGGAGAAGGCGCAGUUUCUAUUGCCACAUCCUGAUCGGCUUCGCGGGUCCAGUCCCCGCCGUUUAUCAGACGGCGAACAGAAGAAGCAAAAUCAAUCACCGCUAUCAUUUGCGGCGUUGCAUUGCAAUGUUUUGGGAAAUGCCUCUCCCCCUCGGCUAGCAUCGUCCCCUAUCGAAGGUUUUACGCCAAUCUCUACUACUCCCAAAGGAAAGGGAAAACGAGCAAUUUCUCCACAGGCAGAUGAACAUGCCCCCUCAUCACCGCUAUCACCCCCAUCGCGCAAGACAAGCUCUGUCGAUCUAAGGAAAGCUUCUUCUCCUUCAGGUUCUCCAACAGCGGGGGACCCGCAACCGAGUGCGCUCUUGCGAAGAUCGGUAAGACGGACAACUUAUGAUGCGAAACCUUCGACACCCCCCACGGCAUUGGGGAAGGCAGGCAAGGGCCAACCUGACUCAAGCAUCAUACCUCCGAUCAGUGUACUCAUAGUUGAUGAUAAUCCAAUCAAUCAGACUAUUCUAUCAACUUUCAUGAAGAAGAAAAAGAUCAAAUUUGACGUGGCUAAGAACGGAGAAGAAGCGGUGCAGAAGUGGCACAAUGGCAGUUUCCACUUGAUCCUGAUGGACAUCCAAAUGCCUGUCAUGGAUGGCAUACAAGCGACAAAAGAGAUCAGAAGAUUGGAGAGUUUGAUAGCUUCUUCAGGCUACACUCCCGGAACACCGUUAUCUGACACUACUUCGGACGGAGCAGAAUCUCGUACUUCAGCUUCGCCCUAUCGUUCUGCCGUUAUUAUCGUAGCUCUCACGGCCUCAUCCCUUCAGAGCGACCGAGUGGCAGCCCUUGCAGCAGGUUGCAAUGAUUUCCUGACUAAACCGGUGUCUUUGGAGUGGCUAAACAACAAGAUCAUUGAAUGGGGGUCGAUCAAGGCCCUGCAGAUGUGGGCUGACCUACGGCCGGAGGUGGUGAAAAGUAUAUCGACGGAGCAGACGGCUCAAGCCCAACUUGUGGCUCGACGGCUGUACGUUCCCGAGGGCCGCAUGACUCCCAUCGGCUCUCCAAGCAGAUCAUCAUCGAACGCUAGAGAGGACAAAGGCAAUCCUCCUGUUGAACCUGAUUCCGAGCGUACUGCCAAACUUGCGGACCCGAAAGGAGACCAGCCACCCUCGAAACCGGCAAAUGACUUGCCCGAGAAUGAUUCCCCCGGAUCAUCCCCUUCUUCUGAAUCUUCUGAUUCCUUCGAGCGAUCUGGAGAGAAACCCGCUUCACCCCCUGCCGCUCAUAAUGAUGACGCGGAUGAUGCGGUCACGGAAUCUACUACUCUCAAGGACGCACACACGAAUACAGAUGGUGAGGAAUACCAUGAAAGCUCGUCGGAAACAUCUUAUGCGACUGCGAGUGAAACGUCAACUAAUACUUCUGAAUUCCAAGAUGCCCCGGUAUCUCCUCAAUGACUGUGUUGGGCGACCUUUGGAAGUUUUGCGAGGCUGGCCACGCCUAUGGUCUUACCAUUGUAUCUGAAGGUCGCCGCGUUUUUUCGCAAAUAUUUUUAAGAUUCGUAUACCUUUUGAUAUAUUUUUUUUUCGUUCGUUGUUGAUCACCGUUCGUAAGCAUGUAUCCUUUCUUUAUCUUGGGGUUUUAUGGGGCUUUUGGGCAUUUAUCUUUCGACUUUAACAACAUAUCAUACCUUUCAGUCACUGACACGUUACCGUUAUAGUACGGGGUAUGACACAUCGAUUUGUCUGGAUGGACAUUGGUAGCUAGCAAGCAGAAAUGAUCUUCUCACCAUGGGCAUUAGAGUGAUUCGGAAGAUCCCUGAAUUUGACAUGUUGCGGGAAUUGUGUGAAGGUGUGCCGUGUGGGCUUGGCAACAUGCCUUUUUACAAAAUUCAUCAAGGUUUGUCGCAGUGCAUUGUGAGUAAAGGGUUGGUCAGAUUGGUGUCAGGGG